GAUGACAUGAGAGUAGAUACCUAAAUUUUAGGCCUAUUCUUGACUAUUGAAAUUUAGAAAGUAGAAAUUUAGUAAACUUUAAUAAACGCAGGUAAAGCCAUUGUUGCCAAUAUAGAUUGGUGAUAUGAAACCAUAUUCUAAAUAUGAUCCUUGAUCAAAUGUUUAUAAGAAAUGGUAAGCAUAUAUUUGGAUUGAAAAAAUUGUAAUUAAGAUUGUGUUUGAGUUUGACCAUAAUUGAUUCAGAGAUGGAAAGCUUGGUGGGCAAGUCCCUUAUUAAUUUGGAAAUGGAAAACUUGACGAGCAAGUCUCUUCCUCUGUAUAAACGGAGCGUUUUAGGUGGAGAAGAGAUGUGAACUAUUGUCAAUUAGGUUUUUUUUUUCCCCUCCUUUUUCACUCUCUUGCUUUCCGCUAAAAUAUUCAUGUCUCUGCUUCUCAAUCAGCCUUGGAAGCUCUGCCUUCGUAAAACUGUGUUGGUUAGAUCCUCUUCACUGCAAAGCCCCCCUUGCUACAUCAUUGGCACUAAACCUUGUGGAGACGAUCUGGGAAAACUCAUUAUUAUGAAUGCUAAUGAAAGUAACCGCACUCAUUUAGAAAAGAAGGUGCCUCUAGAGCUGAUGAAGGAAAGGGCUACGAUUGGUUCAUCUCAUGGCUGGGUAGCAACUUUGAAGGACGACGGCAUAUUGCGUCUCCAAGACGAUCUAAACCCUGUUGCAUCGGAUACAGAUCCGAAACGCAUUUUGCUGCCUCCUCUUGUAACUCUGCCUCAUUGCCAAACUCAAAUGGUCACCAACGUGGCAAUGUCCUCAUCUUCUCCUGAGGAUGAGGAAUGUGUUGUGGCUGUCAAGUUCUUGGGACCUCAGCUCAGUUUUUGCAAACCCGCUCAAAGGAACCCCGAGUGGAUCAACAUUAGAAUCGAAGAUCCCUGCUUCUUCUCCUCCCAAGUCAUGUUUUCCAAGAAAGAGGACAUGUUUCGCAUACUCGCAUCUGGAGGCCACCUCAUUAGAUCUUGGGAUCUCCGUACAAACCCCAAGUUGCACGAGGUUCAAUUUCGAAACCUUCCUAACACCAAACCUGAGCUUCUGGAUUCGUGCUGCACGACCGAACACUUAGUGGAGUCACGAGCCACGGGUGAAACUUUCGUGGUUAAGUGGCACAGGAAGGCUGCUGACAUCAUCAACGGCACUGCCCAAAUGAAAACAGAAGCCUUAAUGGUCUUCAGGCUAGACGAAGAAGGAAACGCUGUUUGCACUCGAGACAUUGGAGAGCUCUGCAUUUUCAUCUCAAAGUCUGAACCUUUCUGUGUCUCUGCCAGUUCCUUUCCCGGCCUGCUCCCCAACACCGUCGAAAUCUUUGAUGUCGAUGAAGCCGGUUGUGUCAAUCUGGCUGGAGGCAAAUACAUUGGUGGAAAUCCUAAACGCGGAUUUGUGGCCCCUUACCAUAUUCCACCUCAAAAUAUAGACUAACUACUGAGUAAUGAGUAUGUAUUUGAUCUUAUUAAGCCUUGGAAACGUGAAAUGUAUUUUUAUCUUAUUACUUGUUGAAGACCAGGAUGGAUUUUAAAUUUUUGUUCCCACCAUAGAUACAAGUGAAUACAGAGACAUAGGAACCAAAGCCAUCGAGCCUCUCCAGGAGCCUUCUUGUUCGGAUAUAGUGUGCACAUCAGAUGUAUAGAGAUACCAACACUUGUUCUUCCAAACCCCUUCAUAUCCUCUCUCCUUGUCUUCUGCUUCUUGCUCGAGACAUCUUGACUAUGAUCCACAAACAAACAUGAUGAUCACCGAAAAUAAUGUUGAGGUUCUACACUAGUUUCUCACAAGAAAGAAAUCUAUAACACGGAGCACGAACAACAAAACUAUAAA